AUGGGGAAGGGGAACUACUGGACCUUAGACCCAAACUGUGAGAAGAUGUUUGACAAUGGGAAUUUCCGGCGCAAACGCAAACGGCGCUCUGAGCCUAACACCCCCACUGUGGUGUCCUCUGGGGGGGGUCUGAAGGCUGAGGAAGGGCAUCCCAUCCCAGCUGCUGCAGGCAAGCCCUGUGGAAACAGCCCCUCCCCAGAGCUGGAACUAUCACCUGCCAGGGACCAUCCCAAAAGCUCCUCUUCUCCGAGCAUCAUCUCAGCCACCCCAGGCUGCCUGAGCACCUUCUUCAGUAGCAUGAGCUCACUGAGCAGUGGAGGGAACCGCCUGGCAGGAGGCUUCAGCAGGGAGCUGCACCAUCGGAACUUCCCCACUGGGCAGAUGAGUGGUGGCACCUUCACUGCCUCCUCCAGCAGCUCCUCCCAGGAGGUGCAUCCACCAGACCAGCUGCAGCGAGUUCCGGGGCCCACUGCUGCCUAUUACAACUCCUUCCACCCCAGCAGCAGCAGCAGCAGCAGCAGCAGCAGCAGCACCCAGUACAACCAUUACUACAACUUCACAGUCAACAGCCUCAUCUACGCCCGGGAUGGCACUGAGGUGUAG